AUGGAAUUACCUUUACAGGUGAAUGUGCUGGUAUCCUUCGUGCUCCCCUUGGCAUUAACUGCCUUCCUGAACGGGGUCACUGUGAGCCACCUGGUGGCCCUCUGCUCCCAGGUGCCAUCCACUUCUGCCCCGGGCAGCCCCACCCCCAGCCACGUGGAGCUAACGAGUGAGGAGAGGAGGACACCCCCCCUGGGGGGCCAGGCCAGCCUGGUGAGACACAAGGACUCCUGCCGGCUCCGCCGUCUCCAGCACAGCGUCCAGGUUCUCAGAGCCAUUGUGGCUGUGUAUGUCUUCUGCUGGAUGCCGUAUCACGUCCGCAGGCUCAUGUACUGCUACGUUUCCGAUGACGGGUGGACUGGGACACUCUACAAUUUCUAUCACUACUUCUACCUGGUGACAAACACGCUUUUCUACGUCAGUUCAGCGGUGACCCCUGUCCUGUACAACGUCGUGUCGUCCUCCUUCAGAAAACUCUUCCUGAAAGCCCUAGGCUCCCUGUGUCGAGAGCACCACCGCAUGGAGCCAUGACCCCAGGGAGCCCCGGAGCCCCCCUGAAUGGACCCAGCUUCGGGCUCCGGGGAUCCCCCAGGCACGCCGACCUGGAUGAAACAGAAGAAUGAACGAAGCAAACAGUGACUGACCGCUCAGUCAUCUAGCAUUCAGACAAGCAAUGUUACCAUAAGUAACUCAAGCUCUGCAGUCAGAUGCACUCACCUGGACCCCCGGCCCCGCCACUUAUCAGCUGUGCAUCUGCAGGCCAGUCGCUUACACGCUGAGCCUCGGUCUUCCCCUCUGUGUGAUGGAGAUGAACAGU